UGUAAAUAGUUACUUUUCCGACCUGUAACGCUAUAACUUCCUGCAGGUAUAUAGAACGCCUGAACUGGGCAAUGUUCAUAGGUCGUCGUUAGAGUUGAACACGACCAAACGUUGCACAGCUGCAGCUGCCGGUUAACACGAGAACCAUCGUAUCGAACAAUCUCCGAAAAUGGCAAUGCAAGUCGCUCUUGGUGUUUGUCGGGUCAACCCCAGCCCAUUGAUGACGAUAAAAAAUGUGUCUGUUCGCUGUCUUGCUACACAAGCUGCACCUAAAUCAAAGAGCGUGCAGGAUAAAACCGGGAAGAACAUUGUAUUUGUUGAUGGCGUUCGCACUCCUUUCCUUCCCUCUGGAACAGACUAUCAGAAGUUGAUGCCUCAUGAACUGGCGCGUCAUGCUCUACUCAACCUAUCCCGCCGCACUGGUAUUCCAAGAGAGGCAGUCCAGUAUAUUGUCUAUGGCACUGUUAUCCAGGAAGUUAAGACUAGUAACGUAGCUAGAGACUCAGCUUUGUGUGCCGGUUUCAGCGAGCGAAUUCCUGCUCACACAGUCACUCAUGCAUGCUUGAGCUCCUGUCAAGCAAUUACCUCAGGUAUUGGUCUGAUUGCAUCUGGAGCCUAUGAUGUUGUUGUUGCUGGAGGAGUGGAAACCAUGUCAGAUGUGCCAAUUCGUCUCAAUCGCAACUUGAGGAGCAUACUUUUAAAAAUGAACAAAGCUAAGACUCCUUUGGCUAAACUCAAACUCCUAGCUUCGUUCUCACCCAAAUAUCUUGCUCCUGAGCUACCUGCUGUGGCAGAGUUUACUUCCGGUGAAACCAUGGGUAAAUCUGCAGAUCGUAUUUCGGCUGCUUUCCAAGUUUCCAGGCAGGAACAAGAUGAUUAUGCUAGGAGGUCUCACCAGCUGGCGCAUGAAGCUCAUGAAAAAGGAUACCUUACUGAUAUUGUACCAUACCCAAUUCCUGGCUCUUCAAAAGUGAUUAGCCGAGAUGGCGGAGUCCGCGUUUCGACUCAAGACCAGUUGGCAAAGCUGAAGCCUGCAUUUAUUAAACCUCAUGGAACUGUUACUGCUGCUAAUGCCUCAUUUUUGACUGAUGGCGCGUCUGCUUCUAUCAUCAUGCCUGAGAAGAAAGCCAAGGAAAUGGGUGUGAAGCCAAAGGCAUACCUAAGAGAUUACAUCUAUGUUUCUCAAGACCCAGUACAUCAGCUUCUUCUUGGACCUGCAUAUGCUAUUCCAGAGGUACUUGCACGAGCUGGUCUUACUAUGCAAGAUAUUGAUGUGUGGGAAAUUCAUGAAGCUUUUGCUGGCCAAAUUUUGGCCAAUCUGAAAGCAAUGGAUUCCGACUGGUUUGCCAAAACUCAUAUGAAUCGUUCUGAGAAAGUAGGUGUUCCCGAUUUGGCUAAAUGGAACAACUGGGGUGGAUCAUUAAGUAUUGGACAUCCAUUUGCUGCUACUGGAGUGAGGCUUGUCUCACAUGCUGCUAACAGACUCAUUAAAGAGGGUGGUAGAUAUGCUUUGGUAGCUGCUUGUGCUGCUGGCGGCCAGGGAGUUGGAAUGAUUAUUGAAAGACAUCCGGAUGCGUGAAGAAAUGGCAAGUAAAAGACUUCAACAACGGUUUUUAAGUAUUCAUAUUCAUCUUUUAAAUAUUGUUUGUUUUCUUUUACAAAACUUAAGGUAAUCCUAAGAUGGACUUUGACUGUUAAUGCUAUGAGUUGAACAUCAAUUUUCUUUUGUAUACUUUUUUCCCCUCUGUCUUUUCUAUACUUUGAUUUUUAAUCGGCUUCUCAAGUCUUCUGUAUUUUUGUACAACUUGAAUGUGUAUUAUUGUUUUAUUGUAGAUUUAAGACAUUUAUGUGCUGUUCACCUUCAUAGCUAUAUUUUUUUAUGACAGUUAUAAUAAAUUAUAAAUAAAAACAUUUGUCCCUUCUUA